AUGCAUAUGCAGCAGAUUUUAUAUGAUAAAGAACAGAUACAAACGACAGAUUUUGAAAAUGAAUUAGAAAAUUAUUUGACAAAUUUAUAUUAUAAACCACUUUCGGAAAAGUAUACUAGAGUACUGUAUACAUCAACAAGACUAUACGGUUAUAUAAAUCCUGCCUUGUCGCAAAGACAAUUAUCCAGUUAUCAAGACACUUAUGGACGCACUGAUGGACACGAUUCAGCGAAUGAGAUACAGUCUAUAAACAUUACUUUACCAGAUAAUCAUAUAAUAGCGGAGACUACUCAAAAGAAAAAUUUUAAAGAUCCAAGGAAAUUUUUCAACUCUAGAAUUCAAAAAUCUAUACCUAUAAGACCUUAUAAUAAUUUGCAGUAUAAUGAAAAUGAAAGAAAAAUACUUCAAGUCAGAACUGAAAAUUCUGAGUAUCAUGAAACUAUUAGUAAACUUGGUCAUAAAAUAAUGAAAGAACAAUUUUAUGGUCCACCACGACCUAUCAAAACAUCCAAGAAAUACAAUGAAAGACCAAGUAGCGCAAAAUCAAUUUGUUCAGAUAUUUUAAUGAAUUCUUCCAAUAAUCAUAUACUGUCAAAAAUAAUUUAAUGAAAAUAAACAAU